AUGCGUAUCGAAUUUCAUCCUGUAUUCAAUGCACAUAUCGUUUUGGAAAGUUUACGGAAUGUCGAUCUCGCAACAAGAGGAUACUAUCAGGUCUGUGCUUUGUACAUCACUUGUCAUAACCUUUUAUGGGCUGUUUUUCUUAGUUUUGCUUGUGGACUUCAGAUUAAUAACAGACAUCGGUCCGCAAUUCCAAAAGACCGCAGUUGCCACUAUAUCGAGUAA